AGAGGAAGGUGCGCUGCGCUGCUUCGGUUACACGAUACAGACUGCAACUAAAAAACAAAGCCAACAGAGAUCUCAUCUAGAUUCCACUCAUAAAACCUCUCUCGCGUCACUCCGGUUAACCGGAAUCUAAUUCUGGAACCGACAUUGCUUCCUUCAACGCCUGCAAACAGAUUCCGUUUCUCCUUCGAAUCGAUUUCGCGACUCUUCGAGUCGUUUCAGGAUCCGUAUGAUAAAUACACAAUUUAUUUGAACUAUAAACACACUGGCCUGAGUUUUUUCUAAUGAAGAGAUUCUAUGGAGGCCUUCUUGUUGCAUCAAUGUGUAUGUUCUUCACAGUGUACAGAUACAUCGAUUUGAAAACACCUAUUGAAAAGCCUUACAUAACCGCCACUAUCCUCACUGCCAACACCACACUCCCACUCGAAUGGCUCCGAAUCACCGUCCCUGACUUCAUGAACGAACCAAGAAACACUCAAGAACCACUCUCCGGCGACGAGAUCAUCACCGUCUCGACUCUGUUUCUCGAGCAUAACGGGACUAAAGAAGAGGGAGAGUCUUUGCUUACGUGGAACCGUCUCCAAAGCUUGGUUGAUAACGCACAGAGCUUAGCUAACGGAGUUGAUGCUAUCAAGGAAGCUGGGAUUGUUUGGGAGAGUCUUCUCUCAGAUGUUGAAGCCAACAAGAAGUUGGAUGAUGUGAAUGUAAUAAACCAAACGAGGAGAGGGAAAAAAGAGCUUUGUCCUCAGUUUCUUAGUAAAAUGAAUGCUACUGAAGAUGAUGGAUUGAAGAUCCCUUGUGGUUUGACUCAAGGCUCUUCUGUUACUGUUAUUGGCAUCCCUGAGGGUCUUGUUGGUAGCUUUAGGAUUGAUUUAACGGGACAACCGCUUCCAGGGGAGCCUGAUCCGCCUAUUAUUGUGCAUUACAAUGUUAGGCUGCUUGGUGAUAAGUGGACUGAGGAUCCUGUGAUUGUGCAGAAUAGUUGGACGGUGGGUCGUGAUUGGGGGGUUGAGGAACGGUGUCCGAAUUUUGAUCCUGAUUUGAAUAAAAAAGUUGAUGACUUGGAUCAGUGUGAUAAGGUGGUGGGUAGAGAAGUGAACAGAACUUCUUCCAGUGGUUUGCAGUCCAACGCUUCAAAGGGAGUUCCAGCAUCUAAACAUGAAAAGUAUUUUCCUUUUAAGCAAGGGUUUUUGUCUGUUGCUACACUUAGGGUGGGAACUGAAGGAAUGCAGAUGACAGUUGAUGGGAAACAUAUAACCUCUUUCGCUUUCCGUGAUACAUUGGAGCCAUGGCUUGUUAGUGAAGUAAGGAUUACAGGUGAUUUGAAGUUACUAUCCAUUCUUGCCAGCGGUUUACCCACAUCAGAAGAAUCUGAGCAUGUUGUUGAUCUUGAGGCACUGAAGGCACCUCCCCUUUCACCAUUAAGGCCAUUGGAUCUUGUUAUUGGCGUUUUCUCCACGGCUAACAAUUUUAAACGACGGAUGGCUGUGAGAAGAACAUGGAUGCAGUAUGAUGAUGUAAGGUCUGGAAGAGUUGCAGUACGCUUCUUUGUUGGCCUUCACAAAAGUCCUAUUGUAAACCUGGAACUGUGGAACGAGGCUAGGACUUACGGUGAUGUUCAGCUAAUGCCCUUUGUUGAUUACUACAGUCUCAUCAGCUGGAAAACACUAGCAAUCUGCAUCUUCGGGACAGAGGUUGACUCAGCCAAGUUUAUCAUGAAAACCGAUGAUGAUGCCUUUGUUCGUGUUGAUGAAAUAUUACUUUCUUUAUCAAUGAUCAACAACACUCGUGGGUUAAUAUAUGGACUGAUCAAUUCCGACUCUCAACCAAUUCGAAACCCUGAUAGCAAAUGGUACAUCAGUUACGAGGAAUGGCCAGAAGAGAAGUAUCCACCAUGGGCGCAUGGUCCAGGCUACAUUGUGUCCCGGGACAUAGCAGAGUCUGUGAGCAAGCUUUUCAAAGAAGGAAAUCUAAAGAUGUUCAAGCUAGAAGACGUGGCGAUGGGUAUAUGGAUCAAUGACCUGAGGAAACAUGGACUCGAGCCUCAUUACGAGAAUGAUGGAAGGAUCAUUAGUGAUGGAUGCAAAGACGGUUAUGUUGUUGCUCAUUACCAAAGCCCUGCCGAAAUGACUUGCCUCUGGCGUAAAUACCAAGAAACCAAACGGUCUCAUUGCUGCCGCGGUUGGUAAAAACGCACAUUUUUUUUCACGUCUGCGUCCACAGGUACAGAGAGAGAACGUGGUCUUGUCAGUUAAUUCUUUGUUGCAAAGCAUCUGAUUUGCUUUGUUAGUACAAAGUAGAUGAGAAGAUGAUGUAGUUUAGUUUUAGUUGUAUAUCUAAAUUUUCCGACGGGUGGCGUAGGGUCAUAGGAGCAUAUUAUUCUGUAUAUUUUCAC